UUUGAUUCAUUUGGGGUUAGAAUAUCAAUUUUGUAACUCGACCUGUGCGCACCCGAUCUUUGUGCGCGCCUGACCUAUCUUAAAAUAGACUUUUUUCUCUGUUGCUGGCGAAGUUUAAAACCAGGUGAAUGUAUAGCAUGAUGAUGGAAACUGACCUUCAUUCCCCCGGCCCCCAAACGAACACGAGCACGGGGCAAACGGGGCCGAACGGCGGGUCCAAAGCGAAUCAGGAACGGGUGAAGAGACCGAUGAACGCGUUCAUGGUGUGGUCCCGUGGGCAGCGGAGAAAGAUGGCACAGGAGAACCCCAAAAUGCACAACUCUGAGAUCAGCAAGCGGCUGGGCGCCGAGUGGAAGGUGAUGUCCGAGGCUGAGAAGCGACCUUUCAUUGACGAGGCGAAACGUUUGCGAGCCAUGCACAUGAAGGAGCAUCCGGAUUACAAGUACCGGCCAAGACGGAAGACCAAGACGCUCCUGAAAAAGGACAAAUAUUCCCUUGCCAGUGGACUGCUUUCUGGGCCCAGUGGGGGCGGUGGAGUUGGUUUAGGGGUCGGCAUGAGUUCAUCGGGGGUCGGGCAAAGGUUAGAGAGCCCCGGGGGUCACGGAGGCUCAGCCAGCUCCGGCUACGCGCACAUGAACGGCUGGGCGAACGGUGCGUAUUCGGGGCAGGUGGCUGCAGCCGCGGCGGCCGCAGCAAUGAUGCAGGAGGCUCAGCUAGCCUACAGCCAGCACCCGGGGAGCGGAGCGCACCACCACCACCACUCACACCACCAUCACUCACACAACCCGCAGCCCAUGCACCGCUACGACAUGACAGCCCUGCAGUACAGCCCCAUCUCGAACUCUCAGAGCUACAUGAACGCUUCUCCCUCCGGCUACGGCGGGAUCACCUACACACAGCACCAGGGCUCCGGCGUCUCCUCCUCAGCUGCCAUGGGGACGUUAGGGUCGCUGGUGAAAUCGGAGCCGAGUGUAAGCCCUCCCGUCAGCAGCACACACUCACGGGGUCCUUGCCCCGGAGACUUGAGAGAGAUGAUAAGCAUGUAUUUACCGACCGGAGAGCCGGGGGACCCGUCAAUGCAAAGUAGACUCCAUGCCUUGCCGCAGCAUUACCAGAGCGCCACGGCUGGAGUGAACGGGACGGUCCCUCUAACACACAUUUAGAACUCACAGAAUAAUUGAAAACUGCAAACGAACACAUAACCAAAUAUUUACCUCUUUUCUAAAUAACCCCGGUCCCGAGAACUACCUGCAUUUUGUACAGAAUGUUUAUGAUAUUGUAAAUGAAGGGUAAAUAGCAUAUUCAUCUCGGCUUUUUUGAAUAGCCACCAGUGGAAUUAUAUAACGAAUAUGAUGCUGAGAUAUUGGUUAUUGUGCUAUCAUCUUUUUGUCCAUUACUUCACAGUCUUAGUUGAGAGUUAUGCCAGGUUCACGUGGGGGUAUUUGGUUCAAUUGUCUCAUAAUUUUUGGGGUUCUUGUAAGUUAUUUGAAAAUGAGAUAAAGUGUCAUAAUCAUAAGAAAGUGCUUUAAAAGAUAUGGGAAAA